UCCUUCUCCUCCUCCUCCUCCUCCGUCUCCUCCGCCACCUUGUUCCUUCUCUCUCUCCGUCUCGUACACGCGAGUGUGAUCGGUACACAGUGCGACCAGUGCGACGUGAUACGCUCUCGCUCGCGGAUCGCCCUUCGCCCGUGGCUCGCGCGACAGCAUAGGUGCCGCGCGUAACGUCAUCGUGAAAAAGACUGUCAGGAGUGCCUUACUAACUUCUUCCCCCCCUCCCCUCGGGCCGCGGCUGUCGCGCCGCGCAACGCGGACACGUUCGCCGUCACCGUCACCGUCACGGCGAGAUCCCGAGCGCAGAGCGACGGAGAAAAAGAAAUAAAGAGAGAGAGAGAGACACACACACACGGAUACUUGGAUAAAGAGAAUAAGAGAGCGCCGCGCGACGAGCGCGACACGGAGCGAGCGUGAAAUCGGCACCGAUCGUGCGCAGCCACACGUAGCUCCCGAUAACUCGCAGAGGCGACAAGUGGGAGCCUAGUGCCCGCCGUAAGGAUGCUGUACGCUGUCGCGAAGAUCGCGAGGCCGCGAGUCGUAUCACGAGCCCGCGGCGGCGUGACCAGCUGAGAAUGUCGGAGCAAAACGGGCCCAGCGAGGGCCCAGGGCCAGGGCCCGGUUCGGACUCGGGUUGGUGGCCAGCCACGCAGACCUGGAAAUCGUCGGCGGCCGCCUCGUCGUCGACGGCCACGUCGACUCCCACUUCGACGGCGGCGGGUUCAGCGUCCGUCUCUGUCUCCUGCCCCGCGUCCAGCUCGUCCUCGACGAGCUCUUCCACCUCGGCCGGCUCGUCCGCGACCUGCUGUCCCUCGUCCUGCAUCGGCGUGUCCUGCACGAUGAGCCCAAACCGUUCCGCGGAAACGGGGAAGAACGUGUCCGUCACCACUAUUAACGUACCGACCAAUCAAGAGAUGCACGAUGGUAAAGGAGUAUGUAAAUAUCUCGGCGGACAGAAUGGCGUGACGGUGUCGGUGGUAUCGACCUCGGUACUGGGAUGCGGAAACGCGAAUGCCGUCCCGACGAGCGGGAUCUGCACGAAUACGGGGCCGCAUAGUAUCGGCAUCGGAAUCGGCGGCAUCCUCGCCGCGAACGCGGCCGACAUCGAUGAUCCCGAGGACAGCGACGGCGAGAUCAGCAAGAUUGACUUCAGAGGUGUCAAUCUACGCUCGAAGAAGAAACGCGACGUGUCGGGCAAUCAGAAUGGCGAGAAGAUCGGCGACGGAGAUGCAAAUGGCGACGGCGGGGGAUGCUGCGAUGACAAUUCGCAACAGCAGCCAGAGAGGCCUAUGUCAUGGGAGGGUGAACUUUCGGACCAAGAAAUGUCUUCCAAUACAAUUACUAAUCAGGACCAUAAUGAGGAAACGUCCAUGGAGGGGGUUCAAGUGUGCAGCACGAGCCCUGGGCCCAUGGAACAGAAGUUUCCUAUCAAGUCGGAGCCGGAUUUUCGAUCUAGCUCAGGUUUCACAAUAGGAUCCUUUCACGAUGGUGGGCUGCCUAUGACGCACAAUCAACAACUGCAGCAGCAGCAGCAGCAACAACAACAGCGCGGUAUUGAAAACUUCGAGCAGACUCAACAGAGCGAUCUGCCGCUUCUCGUAGGCAAGCUUCUCGGCGGAUACAACAACUCGACGCCAAAUCAUAGUCCUGUGCUCAAUCCGCGACAUCAUCUAACUAAACACAGUCAUACUAGAUCGCAGGUGCAGUCACCGGACUCCGCCGUUCAUUCUGCGUACAGUGUCUUCAGUUCACCGACACAGAGCCCGCACGCGGCACGGCAUUCCGCCCUAGGAGCGGGUAGUCCGAUACCCUCCUCGUCGUUGUCCCUCUCUCGACACAGCUUCAACAAUUCGACUUCCUCGUUAUCCCUGUCGCUGUCGCAUUCGCUCUCGAGAAAUAAUUCCGACGCUUCCAGUAGCUGUUACAGCUACGGCUCGCUUAGCCCGCCCACGCAUUCACCCGUCCAGCAGCCGAGACAUCCGCAUUCGCACUCGCAGCAUCAUCAGCAUCAAGUGGCGCAGGGUAGUCCGCUGCACCUACCAGCCUCGUCCGCGGUCGCCGCACAUCAUUACUCGUCCUCUUCCGUGCCAGGCUCGGAACUGUCGCCGGACGGUCAUCCCGUCGCGGAGGAUCAGGAAGACUGUAGGAUACCCUCGGCGCCGUCGGGUAUCUCCACGAGGCAACAACUGAUAAACAGCCCGUGCCCGAUUUGCGGCGACAAGAUAAGCGGCUUCCAUUACGGCAUCUUUUCGUGCGAAUCGUGCAAGGGGUUCUUCAAGCGCACCGUCCAGAAUCGCAAGAACUAUGUGUGCCUUAGAGGCGCAGGCUGCCCGGUCACCGUGGCGACGAGGAAGAAGUGCCCGGCCUGCCGCUUCGACAAGUGCCUCAAUAUGGGUAUGAAACUCGAGGCGAUCAGGGAGGAUCGUACCAGAGGCGGUAGAAGCACUUAUCAAUGUACCUACACUCUACCGGCAAAUCUCGUUGGUAGUCCCGCCGGUGGUAUGACCAGUGAAAAAAUGACGACGGCGGGCAACUGCAGCCCGGCACCGGCCGGUAGCGAGCACCAUUAUUCCGCUAGGUAUCAUUCGAAUCAUUCUCACAAGAUGCAAGUAGUACCUCAACUUUUGCAAGACAUCAUGGACGUGGAACAUCUUUGGCAUUAUAACGACAAUGAUCGGACGAGCGGCGGUGGAGGGAUACUCGGUGGGGCGAGGAGUAACGUUGGCGACAGUAUGCUGCUCGGUGGAUCCGGAAGUGGUCUGAUGCCCGGCGGUACUGGAGCCGCGACCGGAAACAACGGAGGUGCGGUGGAAUGUACGUCGAGUGACUCUACCAACGUCGACACUAACAGUAGGAGAGCAGAGACGGCGAGCCCUGCCGGCUCGGCCUCAACGGGGGCGUCUGAUCAACAUUCCACAAACGGCAAUACCACCAACAAUAGUAAUUCUCAAAUUGCCAGUAAUUUCAAUGGCAAUUCAGCCCAGCAUCCGGACUUUCUAUCUAAUCUGUGCAACAUCGCGGAUCAUCGGCUUUAUAAGAUCGUCAAGUGGUGCAAGAGUCUGCCAUUAUUUAAAAAUAUCUCGAUCGACGACCAAAUCUGUUUGUUGAUCAACUCUUGGUGCGAGCUACUGCUUUUCUCCUGCUGCUUUCGCAGCAUGAACACUCCCGGUGAAAUAAAAGUGUCUCUUGGCAAGUCGAUUACUCUAGAGCAAGCCAGACAGCUUGGUUUAGCGACCUGCAUCGAGAGGAUGCUCGCUUUUACCAACAAUCUGCGAAGACUGAAAGUAGACCGAUACGAAUAUGUUGCAAUGAAGGUGAUCGUGCUGUUAACGUCCGAUACAAGCGAAUUAAAGGAGCCCGAGAAGGUCAGAGCGUCUCAGGAAAAGGCCCUUCAAGCGCUGCAGCAAUAUACAAUCGCGAUGUAUCCAGAAAUGCCUGCCAAAUUCGGUGAACUAUUGCUGAGAAUUCCAGAUCUGCAAAGGACGUGUCAAGCAGGAAAAGAGUUGCUCAGUGCAAAACGCGCCGAGGGAGAAGGCAGCUCGUUUAACCUCUUAAUGGAAUUGUUGAGAGGAGACCACUGAAUUGUCAGCACAGUGAACUAUGCCAUUCCACGCUUAUAGGGUCCAUAAGCUUAGGGAAUCGGAUAUAAUAAAUAAUCGCAGAGUAAGAAAGAUUAGAGAAAAAGAGAGGAAACGGCAGAUGUAAGGUCUAUAGCGACAUUAGUACUUGGUGAGGGGAUUGCAUUCUUCGUAAUUAGGACGCGUUAACCUAACGAAA